AUGCCGGUGUUCUGGCAUGCUGCUCGGGAACAAGGAGAGAGACCUUGCAGCGACCCUAAGAAAGACCUGCUGCUGGACUGGAAGCAGAACGCUGAUGAGGUCAUUGUGAAGCUGAACUUGGGCAGCGGGGCCCUGAAGGUGGAGGAGGUGGAUGCUGCGUUCACAGACACCAACUGCGUAGUCAGGCUGCCAGAUGGCCGCCAGUGGAGUGGCGAGUUCUACGGGGAGAUCGAGAGCUCCUGCAGCAAAGUCCAGGGCAAGAAGGGCAACUUCCUGCAGCUGGUGCUUCAGAAGAAGAUCCCCCUGCACACCUGGGCUUCACUCCUGAAGAAGCAGAAGGACGGAUCCAAGGAGCUAGCCAAGGGGGCCAUGAGCCAGGAAAACGGGAAGGAACAGCCCCUGCCCGCACAGGCUGCCCCCAAGGAGCCGGCAAGGAGCAAACGGGAGUUCCCUAACUCGAAGCGAGCUCCAGGGAGGGGUGAGGCCCCAGAAGGGAAGAGCCUGGCCAGCCCCGGGCUGCAGAUUGGGCCCAGUGCCAAGAGGGCCGGGUACCUCAAGGUGGCUCUGAUGGAGGAGGAGCCAAAUGCCGAGGUUGCUGGGGCCUUGGAGCCUGGCAAGGGACCCAGCGGGAGAGGGGGCAGCCGGCAGAAUAGCCGAGCAGCCCACGGCGAUGCUACCACGGACCUGACCUCGUCUCUGGUGAAGGCUGAAGUGUUGCAGACGGAGCCUGUGCUUGUGGGGAUGCAGCCACUCGCUGCCCCUUCAGAGAGCUUCCCCCAUCACAUGAUGCCCUGCACUGAGAAGAGAUCCCUGCAGCCAGCCGCCUCCCAGUGCCUUCCAGCCCUUGGAGAGGGCCCUGAGGCUGUCCUGGCCCCUGCCUCCCCUCCGCUGGGCAGAGACGCUGAGAAGAGAGACUGGUCCAAAGAGGAUGUUGCCCUGGAUGCAGCAGCUGAUGAGCUAGAGCCCAUGGUGAGCCUGACCUUGGUGAAGAACGACUCGUACGAGAAGGGUAGCGAUUCAGUGGUGGUGCACAUCUACGUGAAGGAGAUCCACAGGGAGACCUCCAAAGUGCUGUUCCGGGAGCAGGACUUCACGCUGGUGUUCCGGACCAGUGACAUGAACUUCCUGCGACUGCACCCUGGCUGCGGCCCCCACACAGUAUUCAGGUGGCAGGUGAAACUCAGGAACCUCAUUGAGCCGGACCAGUGCACGUACAACUUCACUGUCUCCCGCAUCAACAUCUGCCUGAAGAAACGCCACAGCCAGCGCUGGGGCGGGCUGGAAGCACCAGCUGCACGAGGUGCAGUGGGUGGUGCAAAGGUUGCCAUGCCUACAGCCCCUACCCCUCUGGAUAAGAGCCAGCCAGGCAGUAACCAGCACCCCCUGUCCAGUAAGGAGGAGGCUCGGGCAGGGGAGAAGGAGACGCCCAGAGCAGAGGACGGCGGCCUGGAGGGUGUCGUGGCCCGGACGGCCACAGAGCACGUCACAGUGAAGCAGGAGCCGCAUGUCCCCUCACCCAAGCCGAUGUGCAUGGUGCCGCCAAUGACUCACAGCCCGGUGAGCAGCGAGAGUGUGGAGGAGGACGAGGAGGAGGAGGAAAAGAAGAAGGUGUGUCUGCCGGGCUUCACGGGGCUGGUGAAUCUGGGGAACACCUGCUUCAUGAACAGCGUCAUCCAGUCCCUGUCCAACACGCGGGAGCUGCGGGACUAUUUCCAUGAUCGCUCCUUUGAGGCUGAGAUCAACUACACCAACCCGCUGGGGACGGGGGGGCGCCUGGCCAUCGGCUUUGCUGUGCUCCUGAGGGCGCUCUGGAAGGGCACGCACCACGCCUUCCAGCCCUCCAAGCUGAAGGCAAUCGUGGCCAGCAAGGCCAGCCAGUUCACGGGCUACGCCCAGCACGAUGCCCAGGAGUUCAUGGCCUUCCUUCUUGACGGCCUGCACGAGGACCUGAAUCGCAUCCAGAACAAGCCCUACACAGAGACGGUGGACUCGGACGGGCGGCCCGACGAGGUGGUGGCAGAGGAGGCCUGGCAGCGGCACAAGAUGAGAAACGCCUUCAUCGUGGACCUCUUUCAGGGCCAGUACAAGUCCAAGCUGGUGUGCCCGGUGUGCGCCAAGGUUUCAAUCACGUUUGACCCCUUCCUGUACCUGCCGGUGCCCCUGCCCCAGAAGCAGAAGGUGCUGACUGUCUAUUACUUUGCUAAGGAGCCGCACAAGAAACCUGUCAAGUUCCUCGUCAGCACCAGCAAGGAGAACUCCAGUGCUGCCGAGGUGCUGGACUCGGUGGCCCACAGCAUGCGCGUGAAGCCCGAGAACCUGCGCCUGGCAGAGGUGAUCAAGAACCGCUUCCACCGCAUGUUCCUGCCAUCCCACUCGCUGGACACGGUCUCCCCCACUGACCUGCUCCUGUGCUUCGAGGUGCUGUCCCCAGAGCUGGCCAAGGAGAGGGUGGUGGUGCUGCAGGUCCAGCAGCGUCCCCAGGUGCCCAGCGUCCCCAUCAGCAAGUGCGCAGCCUGCCAGAAGAAGCAGCAGUCAGAGGACGAGAAGCUGAAGCGCUGCACUAGGUGCUACCGCGUGGGCUACUGCAACGUGGGAUGUCAGAAAACGCACUGGCCAGAUCACAAAGCCCUGUGCCGCCCCGAGAACAUCGGCUUCCCCUUCCUCAUCAGCGUGCCGGAGUCGCGCCUCACCUACUCCCGCCUGGCCCAGCUCUUGGAGGGCUACGCGAGGUACUCGGUCAGUGUGUUCCAGCCUCCUUUCCAGCUUGGCCUGCAGCCUGCUCCCGAGAAGCUGGACCUGCCUGCAAGGAGUAGCUGUGCAACUGCCUCCCCCACCCCAGAGGCAGGGGAUGGGGACCGGGCCUCUCACCAGCAGGAGCCCCAGCUACCCCCCCACACCCCGGAGCUGCACCCUGAGCUGGGGGACACCAGCGCAGUGCCCAGCUCAGAUUCGGGCUGCUCUGAACGCUCCCUGGAGGCACCGGGCGAGGGCUGCUGGGAGAAGGAGCUGUCCUAUGAGCGAGGCCCCAAGCCCGAAGCUGCCAUCCCUGGAUACCAGCAUGUGCCCAACGCGCUCAGUGCCCACACCACCCAGUUCUACAUCAACAAGAUCGAUGGAGCCAGCCGAGAGCACAAGCUGGAGGAGAAAGGCGAUGCCCCGCUGGAGCUCACGGACGACUGCUCCCUGGCCCUGGUAUGGAAGAACAACGAGCGCCUCAAGGAGUUUGUGCUGGUGGAGUCCAAGGAGUUGGAGUGCAUGGAGGACCCGGGCUCAGCCAGUGAGGCAGCCAGGGCUGGCCACUUCACGCUGGGCCAGUGCCUCAACCUCUUCACCAAGCCCGAAGUGCUGGCGCCCGAGGAAGCGUGGUACUGCCCCAAGUGCAAGCAGCAUCGCGAGGCCUCCAAGCAGCUCUUGCUGUGGCGCCUGCCCAACGUGCUCAUCAUCCAGCUCAAGCGCUUCUCCUUCCGUAGCUUCAUCUGGAGGGACAAGAUCAACGACAUGGUGGACUUCCCGGUCCGGAGCCUGGACCUGAGCAAGUUCUGCAUUGGGCAGAAGGAGGAGCAGCAGCAGCCCAUGUACGACCUGUAUGCGGUGAUCAAUCACUACGGCGGGAUGAUUGGUGGGCACUACACGGCCUACGCCCGGCUGCCCAGCGACAAGAACAGCCAGCGCAGCGACGUGGGCUGGCGGCUCUUUGACGACAGCACGGUGACCACGGUGGACGAGAGCCAGGUGGUGACGAGAUACGCGUACGUCCUCUUCUACCGCCGGCGGAACUCUCCCGUGGAGAGACCCCUGCAGGGGCGCCCCCCGGAGCACCGGCCAGACAUGGCCUCCACCACGGAGGCAACCGCCAGUCAGGCUUCUCUGAUCUGGCAGGAACUGGAGGCCGAAGAGGAGCCCAAGGCUCGCAGGAGACAUGCCAAGACUCCCUGCAGGCCCCGUGGCCAGAAGGCGAGCCAGGCCGCCCGGCAGCACCCUGACGAAGGCUGCCUCCGAUACAUUGUGCUGGGCACCAUGGCAGCCAUUGUGGCACUCUUCCUAAACGUCUUCUACCCCCUCAUCUCCCAGAACCGCUUAAGAUAGGCCUUGAGGGGCAGCUGGGCUCCACUGCGGCAGUGGCUAGCCUAGCCCUGAACAGUUCCAGCCACCUUGGCAAGGGCUGCUCUGCACCGAGGGCAUGGGGACACCUCUCCAGGUAGGUGCUGGAGUGAGCCCCGCUGCCAUGACACCCAGGCUUGCUCGCAACCAUGGAGACCUCACUGGGCAGCCUUCGUGGCAGGAUCCCGCUCUGCAGAAUACUCGGCCAGGCUCCGUCCGGCUCCUGGGGAGCGGGGACUCUCCAGGCCACUCUGCCCUCCGGCAGCAUGUGCUCUGGGGUGCAAGCAGCUGGAAUGGUGGACCAGCGGAGCGCAGCUGGGCCUGGAACAUGCUCCUAGCCUGGGAGGUCGGAUCGCUGCUGGGGCUGCCAGCCCUGGGGGUGGUGCGCGUGGACUCGGGCAGGCCUUGCCCAAGCAGUAGUUAGGCUGGGACUGAUGCCAGGCCUCCCUGCGUGGGUCCCCUCUACUGCAGAGCGAUCUCCUGCUGAGCCUGGCGCUCCACCUUGCUAGCUGUGGGCUCUGCUCCUGGCAUGCUGGGUCCUGUGUGCCCAUGGCUCCAGGCAUGGUGCAGCCCGGAGGUUGCUGGCAGGCUGGCCUCAGGAUCCUCACAUGGGCACAGGCCCUGUCACGCAGUUGUUUGGGCUCAUGCCCGCUGGACUUGGCUGCCUCCCUGACGAUUGGCCUGCUGGCUGUGGCCUCAUGACUAAUAGUCCCCAGUGUGCAGCAAGCCUGCCUGCUCCACCCCGCACCUCCGCUCGCCCCCAUGUGCCGGCUGGGAGUCCCACAGCCCGUGUGGGCUCAGCGUCUGCCACAGUCCAGCCGAGUCCAAAACGAGCUGGUGGGAGGUGGGGCCAGUCUCCCUGCAGCUACCUGGGGAAAGCAUGCCCAGCGCUGGACCCGGGGUGGGGAGUUCCUGCCAGGAUGGCAGCAAAAGGCCCUCCGUUGUGUAAUGUAUGGACCGUAUUAAUAAAGCAGGGCUGUUCCAACCGUGCGGUGCCCGUCUCCUUUCUCUGCACCAGGGAAUGACUCGCCAAGGGAACUGGCACCAGAUCUCCCAUCUCUGCCGUAGUCGCACCACUGUGUGCCACACUCUGCUCAGCCGUCCUUGGGCUGCCCCUACCAAGCUGCUCCUCACGCUGAGGCAGGGACUGCGCCCAUGCUCUUGCCCAGCCUGCAGGGAGCCCAUGCUCAUGGCUCUGCAGGCAGCCCGCUGGCCCCACUUCUUAUAGCGAAUGAUCCCCCGCUCUGCGUGAACCUGACAGCGGCAUGGCAGAGCCAGCCCUGCCCUACAUUGCAGCUCCACUGAGAACAGGGCCUGCCAAGAGCUGGGGCAGAGCUCGCCCAGGCAGGUGGGGAACUGGGGCUCCGAGCAUGUGCGCGUUGGGCUGGGGUGGGAGAGAAGCCCUGCUAACGCGGGACAUGCCGGGCUGGGGCUGGCAGUGAGGGAUGUCAGCAGAGCUGUGGGCUGAGCUAGGAGGACUUUGAUGUGCAGAGUGGUGCUGUGCCAGUGGUCUGCGCCCCAGGACGGAGGCGGGUCGCUCAGCAUGGUGCGGGGUGCAUGGCGUUCUGUCCAGAUUUGUGCGCUGCGCCCCCGCCCGAUGCAGCCCAGGCGAGUAGUCUGGCGUAGGGUGAGAGGGCCCCAGGGCAGGCGAUGGCAAAGACCUGGCCAUCACCCACCUGCUGCAAAUGCAGCACCCUGGCUCCAGAGUAGAGCCCGCUGUUGGCCGCGCCCCCGUCCCAGACCACCUCUGCGCAGCCCCUGCUGGCUGCUGGGU